AUGAAGGCCAUCUCUUCUCUCUUGUCUGCGUCGGCGCUCGCACUGCUGUCGACUCAAGGCGCUCGAGCCUACAGCGAGGGCUUCGACCUGACGGACCACACGAGUCAGCUCAACUUCUACCAUCAAGCUGCGACCGACCUCACGGCCGAGCAAGUCGUGCUUGAUGACAGCUGCGUCGUGGACCAAGUGCACUUGCUCAAGUUCCUCAAGACGUGGAACCUCUCGGAGUUGAUCCCGAAUCCAGCCGUCAUGGUGGACAAUAUCACAACGUUGGGACUGCAGGAGGCCCACGACGUCGGCUCGACGUUCCGCAGCAAGUACGCGGGCUUGUACACGGCCAAGGAGACCGUGUGGACGAACGCCAAGGAGCGCGUGGUCCGCACUGCGCAGAACUUCAUGAACGGAUUCCACGGCCAAGACUGGGACGCGGACUUGCUGGUGCAGGUGAGCACCACGGACACGACGCUGGGCGCCAACACGCUCACGCCGAUCGACACGCUGGCAGGACGCCUUGACGAGUCGCUCUGGCCUGGCUUCGGGUUCUCGGCGGGCGUGACGCUCACGGUCAUGGACUUGUGCAUGUAUCAGUGCAACUACCUGGGCAAGGACCACCUCGAGUUCUGCCAGAUCUUCACGGACGACGAGUGGAAGCACUACGCGUACCACAAGGACUUGGGCUACUACUACGGCUCGGGCUACGGCGCAGCGCUCGCGCCUACUGUCGGAUACCCGUACUCCGAGGCGGUCACGAAGCUCCUGAACGAGACGGAGACGACGUCCUGCCAGAAGAUCUUCCUCAACGCCAUGUACUCGGGCUUCGGGCUCAACUACGACGAGAGCUACCCGACGAACGCGAUCAACGCCACGCGCAACUUCCGCUCUUCGCGCGUUGUCACGAUGGGCGCGCGCCUUGUUACGGAGCGGAUCACGUGCGCCGGAGAGAGCUUCAUCCGCUUCAGCAUCAACGAGGAGGUGGUCCCUCUGCCUGGCUGCCAGAGCGGACCUGGGCUCACAUGCCCCAUCGCCGAGUUCGUGCAGUACAUGGAGGCCCGCAAGGCCGAGGUGGGGGACUUCAUCACGACGUGCAACUCGACCAGCGCGUCCUCGGAGCUUACGCUGUUCGAGAACCCCGUCGUGAACCAGUGCGCAGCGUCGUCAACUAAGGCCGGCAAGCAGUCUGUAGUCGUCUAA